AGCAUCCUGCUGCAAAGAUGAUCGUCAUGGCUUCUCAUAUGCAAGAACAAGAAGUUGGUGAUGGAACAAAUUUUGUUCUUGUUUUUGCUGGAGCCCUCAUGGAACAUGCAGAGGAGCUUCUAAGAAUGGGACUCUCUGUUUCAGAGGUCAUUGAAGGCUACGAAAAAGCUUCCAAGAAAGCCCUAGAAAUUCUACCUGAUCUAGUAUGUUGCUCUGCAAAAAAUCUUCGCGAUGUUGAAGAAGUGGCAUCUUUGCUGCAGACUUCAAUAAUGAGUAAACAUUGUGGCAAUGAAGUCUUUUUGACUAAGCUUAUUACUGAAGCAUGUGUAUCUAUAUUUCCUGAAUCGGGUCACUUCAAUGUUGACAACAUUAGAGUGUGCAAGAUCUUAGGUUCUGGCAUUUAUGCAUCAACAAUUUUGCAUGGAAUGGUUUUUAAAAAAGAAACUGAAGGUGAUAUUACUUCUGUCAAAAAUGCUAAAAUAGCUGUCUAUUCUUGUCCUUUUGAUGGUAUGAUCAUGGAAACUAAGGGAACUGUACUAAUCAAAAAUGCCGAAGAACUGACAACUUUUAGUAAAGGAGAGGAGAACUUAAUGGAGUUACAAGUGAAGGCCAUUGCUGAUGCUGGUGCAAAUGUUGUAGUUACAGGUGGAAAAGUGGCAGACAUGGCCCUUCAUUAUGCUAACAAAUACAAACUUAUGUUGAUCAGGCUGAAUUCUAAGUGGGAUCUCAGGAGACUAUGUAAAACAGUUAGUGCUACAGCCCUUCCCAGACUGACACCACCAAAUCUAGAGGAAUUGGGUCACUGUGACAGUGUGCAUUUAUCAGAAGUUGGGGAAACACAAGUAGUUGUGUUUAAACAUGACAAGGAAGAUGGUGCUAUUUCUACCAUAGUAAUUCGUGGCUCAACAGAGAAUCUCAUGGAUGAUGUAGAAAGAGCAGUAGAUGAUGGUGUCAACACUUUCAAAGUACUCACUCGGGAUAAACGACUUGUUCCAGGUGGUGGUGCAACAGAAAUUGAAUUGGCGAAGCAGAUCACUUCAUAUGGAGAGACUUGUCCAGGUCUUGAUCAAUAUGCUAUCAAGAAAUUUGCUGAGGCAUUUGAAGCCAUUCCCCGAGCCCUGGCAGAAAAUUCUGGAGUAAAAGGGAAUGAACUUAUUUCUAAGCUCUAUGCUGUACAUCAAGAAGGCAACAAAAAUGUUGGUUUUGAUAUUGAGGCUGAAGCUGCAGCUGUGAAAGAUAUGUUGGAAGCUGGUGUAUUGGACACAUAUCUUGGUAAAUACUGGGCAAUCAAGCUGGCAACAAAUGCUGCGGUGACUGUACUAAGAGUUGAUCAGAUUAUUAUGGCAAAAGCAGCAGGUGGUCCAAAAGCCCCUAAAGCACCAGAAAACUGGGACAAGGAUGACUGGCAAGAAGGCCCCUGAACAUAGCUUGCAAUCAUCAUGGCAAAACCAGCUGGUGGCCCUAAACCGCCAACAGGAAAGAAGGACUUGAAUGACGACCAAAGUGAUUGAAACAAUUCAGUGUACUUCUUCUAGGAGCUGUGUAUCUUGUCAUGUGUUACCUACCUUUAAAUUAUGAGACUAAUCUCUACUAGAUGCUUGUCUUGUACCAUUUCAAUAAAACAGUUUCAGUAAAAGUUGCUCCCAUGUUCUAUUAAACUUAGCAAUUUAAAGAGUUUCAAGGUAA